GGGUACUUUCCGGACAGUAGGUGGGGAAGACGAUAGAUAGGGCAGUAUGGCGGCGACCUUCUGCGCCGGCCCCGCCGCCUCGGCCGCGGCAAACCCUAGCUCCGCCGGCCGCCGCCUCCAGAACCCAGCUCCGGCCUCCGUGCUGCAAGCUCGCUGGAUACGUAGCCGGGGGGCUCCCGCUUUUCUGUCCCUCCGGCGCCCCAAUGCCGGGCUGCGGCCGCUCCGCGUCGCCGCUAGCGCUGGCGUUGACCCGAAGAUUGUCAAUGGGGAAGAUGUCCCUACUAUGAAAGACCUCAUUCAACUAUACAAGACCGCUUUUCUAGAUGGAAAUGAUGAGGUUCUUGGCGAAGUUGAGAAGGCAAUCACUGCCGUGGAAAAAGAGAAGAGUAAGGUAGCUUCUCAAUUUGAAAGUGUUGCAGCCGAAAUAACUUCUGGGAAGGAAAAGUUCAUUCGCUUAAAUGCCGAUCUGGAGAAUUUCCGGAAGCAGAGUGAAAAGGAGCGAGCAAAGUUUACAUCAAAUAUACAGGUAGAAGUUGUUCAGAGUCUGUUGCCUCUGGUUGAUAGUUUUGAGAAGACAAAUUCAGAGAACACCCCAGAGACUGAAAAGGAACAAAAGAUCAGCACAAGCUAUCAAGGCAUAUACAAGCAGUUAGUUGAGACGCUAAGAUAUUUGGGUGUAGGAAUUGUGGAAACAGUUGGCAAGCCAUUUGAUCCUUCGGUACAUGAGGCCAUCGCACGAGAAGAAUCCUCACAAUUCAAGGCAGGGAUUGUCUCGCAUGAAGUCCGCCGAGGGUUCCUCUUGAAGGAGAGGCUGCUGAGGCCUGCUACUGUGAAGGUUUCUACUGGGCCUGGCAAACAAAGCGCGAGCUCAGUGGAAGCGGCCAAAGAUGCUGCUGUGGGAAUCUAGUUGGGAUGAUCAGCUGCGAGCCUGCAACUGAUAGCCAAAACACCCUUUAGUAUGAGGAACUUUUUUGUGUUGAUAACAUGACGGAGGCAUUUGAUCUUGAAUGAGGGUCACCGAUGUAUACACUUCUGGUGUUGCGAGUUAGCACCAGCUUAAAGUUUUGCUGUUGCUGUGUAAUCUGCUGGAAUUUUUAUGUCGAAACAGUGAAGCAUUGGACGUACAUAACCAGAUGUAUUGAAUGAUCGAUUUCUCCAGUUAUGAGCGA